CUGAAACACCCGGGCCUCGUGGGGAUUGGAGAAAUAUCAGCUUCUGUGUUUGGGGGUCUUGUUUCCACAGUCAUCAAAGGUUAAACUCCGAGGUCUUCCAUUUUGUUUGUCCGGCAUCAGCGCGACUGUUAUGUGCUGCUGAGAAAAUGGGGGAGCGGAGCGGAGCGGAGACAUAGCAGUAGGUGGGAGGGGCUUGCUAACUGUGACGUCACUUGCUGCGUGGAGGAGUAUAGGCUGUGCUGUCAAGCCUGUGUCAGUCUGAUGAAGAUUGGCAUGCAGGCUCUUUGAGAAGACUUGGACCCUGGGCCACCACGGCACGGCGCAAGCACAAGUCAAAGCUGCUGUUAUGCUGCGGGCGAGCUAACUUCUCAAUGUGACGCUAUCCCAUGAUGCAACAUGUGUCUCCGGCACCUGCAGUGAUAAUGAUGGCCACCCAGCGCGUUCCUCCACCAUCGUACCAGGAGAGCCAACAGAUGACGGGCACAACUCAGCAGAACAACAAGACCCCACAGGUCCAUAUCCCAGCAGCCACUGCGGGAGGAAAUAACUCUGUCAGCGUGACCCUUGACCCACAGACUCAACUUGAGUCUGACAAGAGGGCUGUUUACAGACAUCCGUUGUUCCCCCUGCUGGCAUUGUUGUUUGAGAAAUGCGAGCAGGCGACGCAGGGAUCCGAGUGCAUCACGUCCGCCAGCUUUGACGUGGACAUUGAAAACUUUGUUCACCAGCAGGAGCGGGAUCAUAAGCCUUUCUUCAGUGAAGAUCCAGAGCUUGACAACUUGAUGGUUAAAGCUAUACAAGUGUUGCGGAUCCACUUAUUGGAGCUGGAGAAGGUCAAUGAACUCUGUAAGGAUUUCUGCAACCGAUACAUCACCUGCCUCAAAACCAAGAUGCACAGUGACAACCUCCUUCGUAAUGACCUGGGGGGGGGACCGUAUUCUCCCACGCACACCAAUCUCACCAUGCCCCAGGAACUCAGUCAGACCUCGUCUCCGUCCAUGACCUCUGUGUCCAACCCUACGGGGAUUGUGACAGCCAGUGGGGCUUUGCAACAGGGCAAUAUUUCUGUAACCACCAUCAAUUCUCAAGUGGUGUCAGGCGGGACGCUAUAUCAGCCGGUUGCCAUGGUGACUUCGCAAGGACAAGUGUUAACGCAGGCACUGCCGCCGGGAACCAUUCAGAUCCAGAAUUCACAAUUAAAUGUUGAUCUGUCAGCUCUAUUGGACAGCGAAGACAAGAAGUCAAGGAAUAAGAGGGGGGUCCUUCCCAAACAAGCCACCAACAUCAUGCGCUCAUGGCUCUUUCAGCAUCUCAUGCACCCGUACCCAACAGAAGAUGAGAAAAGGCAAAUUGCUGCACAGACAAGCUUGACGCUUUUGCAAGUGAAUAACUGGUUCAUCAAUGCUCGGCGGCGUAUCCUCCAGCCUAUGUUGGAUGCCAGUAACCCUGACCCAGCUCCUAAAGCAAAGAAAAUGAAAUCCCAGCAUCGUCCCACACAGCGUUUCUGGCCCGACUCCAUUGUAGCUGGAGUUUUGCAAACACACAGAUCCCAAACGGGAAACAAUUCAGACGACCCGCUAAGCCUAGACAGCCUCCAGUCGCUGUCAUCGGACUCUGCCACUCUGGCCAUGCAGCAAGCCAUGCUGGGAGCUGACGACUCCAUGGAUGGCACCGACGAAGAGGAGGAGGAGGAGGAAGAGGAGGAGGAGGAAGAGGAAGGAAUGGAGGAGGAGGAGGAGGAAGAGGAGGGGGAGGAGGAGGAUGGAGAGAAUGAAAACAAUAGGGGACAAAGAGACGGCAGCAUAGAGCACAGAGAGGAACUGGAGUAGUCGGAGAGGAAGGAGGGACGUACUAGACGUCCAAUAAAUCCAUUGACCUCACAUCCAUUCACAUGGCUCAUUUCGGAUUCCGACACAUUGCACUCUUGCCAUAUUCAAUCUGCAUUUGACGGCAUGCAAAACAAUCAGGGCUUCUUCCAUUGAGAAUCAAAUAUGACCCGUACAGGAUAAUAAGCGAUUUGACUUCAACUGCAGUGGGCUUUACGAAAGAAAAUGCUCCAAAUAAUCCAAUGUGAAAGAACUUUAUGCUUGGGAGAGCCUGAUGUGUUCGACUACUUUCAAUUUCCUCAGAGCACAGAAACGCACGAGUUUUCGAAAAUGCAAUAUUUUUGCUUGCCAAAACAACAGUAGUUACUCAAAACAAAGGGGGGUGGGUGGGUGGUCUGGGAGGGGACGGGCGUGGGGCCAUUUCGAAAUAUCUGCACAAUACCUGUUCAAAUAUGGGUUCUCAGGUCGGACAAACACUGAGCAUUUUUCUUCCACUCGCGCGGCGCGCCAUCUUUGAGCUACCGAAAGCCUAUUAAGCAUGAUCCUUGAACUUGACCUUUGAACUUUCUGUUGGACAUAAGCAAAUUUGAACAUGGUAGGCAAGUGUUCUUGAUGGGUGAAGAUUUGCAGAAUUUCUUUCGCUUUUUGUUUUUGCUUGGGCUCAUAAGGCCAGCUGAAGCAAGAUGACAAUGAUGGCUGCUUGUGUGCACAUUACAGUAGGUCCUUCCGGCUCUGCUUGGCUAUUUUGCGUGAUAUUGUUUGAUGCUGGAACAUGGCAACUCCCCGACAAACUUUUCAUCACACUCUUUGGAAUAUGGGACUGAAUAAGCCAUCAUCAUUGACUAACUGACUUUUUAAAGGAAGAAAACCAUUUUGCAGAAGACAAACAAGUUGUGGAAGAAAAGUCUGCCAUUUUAUGCGAAAGAAAGAUUUUCAAGAAACUGGGAAACAAUUUUCAUUCUGUUUUGUACGAAACUACAAAUGAGAUUCACUCAUUUCGAUGGUGAAAAAGUCGAAAGGAAAAAAAAACCCAACAACCCACGUUCUAUUUCAUGUUCUGAGUGGUGACUGUGAAGUAUGUUGCUCAUUAAUCUUAUUUUCUCCACUGCUUUUCUUUUCUUUUUUUUAACUCGAUCUUCCAGCGCAAGUGAUAGACGACGGGGAGUAUUUAUAUUUCAUUUGUACACUUCUUGUCAUAAUCUACUGUGUUUCAAUAGACCAAUUUUAAUAAUUAAACGAUGUAAAUGGA